UUUCUCUCCAGUGACAAGAGGAGUAUCUGCACAGCACUUUAGCACUCCGCCGAGCGGAAGAUCAAAUGACGGAAAGGUUCCGUUCGCUAUUACAAUGUAAUAGUUGAAUUGGAAUAAGAAACGCAGAUUUACCGAUACAGCGGAAGACAUUUGAAUGGCUAAAAUACUCUGAACCGACAAUUCGUCGUCAAUAAUUCUCAGACCAUGAACUACGUGGGCCAGUUGGCGGGCCAGGUGUUUGUGCAGGUGAAGGAGCUGUACCGGGGCCUGAACCCGGCCACUCUUUCAGGCUGCAUCGAUGUCAUCGUGGUACGGCAGCCCGACGGCACCCUGCAGUGCUCGCCCUUCCACGUCCGCUUUGGCAAGAUGGGCGUGCUGCGCUCCCGUGAGAAAGUGGUGGACAUAGAGAUCAAUGGAGAGCCUGUGAGUCUACAAAUGAAGCUGGGGGAGAACGGAGAAGCCUUCUUCGUCAAGGAGACAGAGAACACACAGGAAGUGGUUCCAUCAUACCUGGCGACGUCUCCUAUCGUGUCCCAGGGGGCGGAGCUAAUGGAAGCUCAGCUGGGGAGGGGUGUGUCUCGCCUCUCUGACCCCGCCUCCCUCCAGGUCCAGACCCUGGGCUCCCAGCAGACCACAGGAGGAGGAGGAGGGGAAGGAGGGAUGAUGAUGAAGAAGAGGAGGAAAAGGAGGAGGAAGGCACGGGAAAGCGGAGGAGGGAGACGGGAGGAGAGUGGGGAGUACUCAGAGGAUGAGGACAUGUUCACCAUCGACAUGAGCACUGAUGAGGAGAGAGAGCACGACAACAACGGUAGCAGGGCCUCUUCUCGGGAGCUCAAUGGAGAGCAGGGCCCUAAGGCCAGUGUGUUGAGCAGCAACUACACCCAGAACACAACAUACACACACUCUGACGCAGACUGGGCACGCUCACAGAGUGCUAUAAUAGAGCAGACACGUACUCUGUCUAUCCCUCCUAGCGGUGGUCUGUCCAUCUCCUGUCCACAGCAGACGUCUGUCUUCCCUUCUCCUGUCAGCAGCCCCGGUGGCUCCCGCCCCUCCACUCCGAAGAGUGACUCGGAGCUGACCAAUCAAAGCAAAGACAACCCUGAGAUUCUGUGGGCCUGGGGGGAGCUGCCACAAGCUGCCAAGCCCUCCUACCUCCCUCCAUCCCAGAUGCAAGAUUCUGGGAUGAAGUCCCCUGUCUCCAUCCCUGUGUGUGACAGCACACACUUCAGGACCAUCCCCGGAGACUGUGGCCCCCCUGGCCAGACCCAGAGCCACCCAGACAAUGGCCCCCCAUCCCUCAACCCAUACAUGCCCCAGCCUGGGAACAACACGGCUGGGCCCGGGGCUGGAGGGGACAUGGAGUUAGUAGGGGCAGCCUGUAGAGAGGUGGAGGGGCUGAUGGCCUCCAGGUUGCUGCCAGAACUGGAUGACGGGGGCGGCCCGGUCAGACACACAGACUCCCCAUCCAAGAGGAAAGACAAGAGGAGCCACCACCUGGGCUCGGAUGGAAUCUACCUGGAUGACAUCACUGAGCUGGAGCCAGAGGUGGCUGCUCUGUACUUCCCUAAAAGUGACGGUUCAGUGAGAGGGGGCUCGGAGACAGGGGCCCGGAGCGCCAACCAAUCACCUCAGUCGGUGGGCAGCAGUGGGAUGGACAGCGGUGUGGACAGCUACUCUGACCAGCUGGGAGACAUGCCCAACAUCGCCAUCUCCCUGUGUGGAGGUCUCACUGACAACAGAGAGAUCACAAAAGAACAGUUCCAGGAGAGAGCCAUCUCUUACCAGCAGUUCACUGAAAACCCCUCCAUCAUCGACGAUCCCAACCUGGUGGUCAAGAUUGGAACCAAGUACUACAACUGGACCACCGCAGCCCCUCUCAUGCUGGCUAUGCAGGUGUAUCAGAAGCCCCUGCCAAUGCACUCCUGCCUGAGUUAUGUGUACUCUGCCUUUGGCCUCUUCUCCUACUGUUUACCCAGUCUGUUUGGCUCCAGCCCCGCCACGGUGGAGAACAUCAUGAAGGAGAAGAUGCCCAAGAAAGGAGGCCGCUGGUGGUUCUCAUGGCGCAGCAGGAACAGCGACUCCAAAUCGGACUCAGUGUCUGAGAUAGGAGUUGGAGACGGGAGAGAGACCUCUCUCAGCAUGGCUUCAGUCAAUGGAAUGAAGGAGGAGUCUUCCUCCAGCGAUGAGGAACACAGACCGUCUAAUCAAGAAUCCUGCCAGCCCGAGCCUCUUCUCACGCCUGGUAGUGUCUUCUACAGGAAGACCCUCAGACUGACCCCAGAGCAGCUGGCCAGUCUUCAGUUGAAGGAGGGUCCUAAUGAGGUGGUGUUCAGUGUGACCACUCAGUACCAGGGCACCUGUCGCUGCCAGGGCACCAUCUAUCUCUGGAGCUGGGACGACAAGAUUGUCAUCUCAGACAUUGACGGCACCAUCACCAGAUCUGACACCCUGGGCCACAUCCUGCCAACGCUGGGUAAAGAUUGGACCCACCAGGGCAUUGCCCGCCUCUACCACCGAGUCAGCCAGAACGGUUAUAAGUUCAUGUACUGCUCUGCAAGGGCUAUAGGUAUGGCUGAUAUGACGAGGGAAUAUCUCCACUGGGUCAACGAGAGAGGAACCAUGCUGCCUAUAGGACCUGUCCUACUCAGCCCCAGCAGCCUGUUCUCGGCCCUGCACAGGGAGGUGAUAGAGAAGAAGCCUGAGAGGUUUAAGAUUGAGUGUCUGACCGACAUCAAGCAGCUGUUCCACCCCAACACUGAGCCUUUCUACGCAGCCUUCGGCAACAGAGCCACGGAUGUGUAUUCCUAUAAGGAGGUGGGCGUUCCCCUAAACAGGAUCUUCACAGUCAACCCCAAGGGAGAGCUGAUACAGGAGCACGCCAGGACCAACAUCUCAUCGUAUGGUCGUCUGUGUGAGGUGGUGGACCACGUCUUCCCCCUGUUGAUCAGAGGUCACGUCUCGGACUUCUCCUGCCCUGACACCUUCAGCCAGUUUACCUACUGGAGAGAACAGCUGUCCCAGAUCCACAGCCCUGAUCAGCCCCAGAUCCACAGCCCUGAUCAGCCCCAGAUCCACAGCCCUGAUCAGCCCCAGAUCCACAGCCCUGAUCAGCCCCAGAUCCACAGCCCUGACCAGCCCCUGGUGCACACCCCUGACCAGCCCCUGGUUCACACCCCUGACCAGCCCUUGGUCCACACCCCUGACCAGCCCUUGGUCCACACCCCUGACCAGCCCUUGGUCCACACCCCUGACCAGCCCCUGGUUCACACCCCUGACCAGCCCUUGGUCCACACCCCUGACCAGCCCUUGGUUCACACCUCUGACCAUCCUCUGGGCAUCAGGUGUGGAGACCCACUUCCACACCAGACCACCCCAUAAGUGACCUGUGUGCAAUCUGGGAAGGAACGAGAGAGACACUUUUAUGAUGAUGACGCCGUGCAAAUGGAAGAAGCAUGUCUCUGCUCUAAUGUCACACACACACACACACACACACACAAACACACACACACACACACACACACACACACACACACACACACACACACACACAGCAAUGCAUAAGCAGACCUUAACACACAACAUGGUUGCCAUGUGCACACUUAUGCACUAGUGGAAGUGUUCUCCGACAACAACAGGCAUGUUAGCACUGAGUGGUAUUUCUAUGUACUCACCUUUCCUAUUUAUGUUCUACUCCUCAGUGUUCUGCUCUACAAUACCUACUGUUCAUCAGGUGUAAAAGGUGCUACUUGUAUACAUACACUUGUAGUAGCUGCAACUCCGACGAGAAGCACUGAUUCAGUCAACCUGGGGGAAAUCACUGUGAAGAACAGCCCGUCAAUGACAGCUCUUUCACCCAAUUAACAUUGCCUGAUUGAUUCUAGCACUUUUAGUCUCAAAUGUGGGUACAGUCAACCGCAAUGCAUGUUCGAUUGACACUUUCAGAUCUAACGUUCACAUAAAGUGCGAAUAUAAUAAAUGUCGAACAAAGCAGGAUUAUGCUCAACAAGCGCUGGGAAUAUUAUAGCGCAUGGCGAUAAUUCAGUUCACCCGUUCGACCUCCAAACGUUUGUCAAUAUAAUCAAAAUAAAUGUUAUUUGUCACGUGCGCCGAAUUUUACCGUGAAAUGCUUACUUCCAAGCCCUUAACCAACAGUGCAGUACAAGAAAUAGAGUUAAGUAAAACAUUGAAUCAAUGUGUUUUAAAGCACGUUUCCGUUCUAGUAAGUAGCAUUCUAUAUUUGGUUUUUAUUCUUCUGGUUUUUUUGUCAUGUUCUGUGUAGAUAUGUUAGUGAUCGACUGAACUGAAACAGGUAACCGAUGCAGCUCUUCACUAUUAUUAACAAGGCACAGAGGAGGGCUGUCUCUCUCGUUGAUGCUUCUCGCCCAUAGUCAUCAAUAGUCCUUAAAUGGUCGUGUAACCAAACACCUGAGAAAAGGCUCAUGUGAAACUGACGUUACUCUGACAGUAAGCAGUGCAAGAAAACUCAGGUUGUCCGUUUCAGCAGUCGUCUUCGUUUCUCCACUCGUCACGGUUUCCACGGACCGUGACACAUAUGUUAUCAAAUCAAAUUGCAUUUGCCACCUGCGCUGAAUACAACAGGUGUAGACCUUAACUGUAAGAUCUACACCUGUUAUAUAUGGGGCGCAUGUGACAAAAACAAUUUGAUUUGAUGACCUAUCCGAUUCUCUCUGUGUGCAGUGUCAUUGUUUUGGCUAACGUUAACAGAUAAUGUUGUGCAGACAGUAGAAAACAUAUGUCCUCUGCUUUGGUUGUCCAUCAUCUUAAUCUCUGUGUGUAACUGCGAGAUGAGAGAAAUCUACAAAUGUAUGAAAUGUUUAAUUCAUUUCACAUUUUUAAGCAAGCAGCUUGUGAACGCACUUGGAUUUGGUUUUUAUUUCAUUUGAAAUAUUGUGUUUAUGUGAUCAAAUCUGAAUAGAGUUUUGAUGUUCAUUCUCUUUUGUAUAUAGUGCAACCUUUUUUAGCGAUCGAAUUCAGAAACAUUGUCAGUAAGUGGCUGGCUGCUGGACUACAGUAGUUUGACCUUAAGGCGAACAACAAUUUGCACUGACAGACUAUAGUGGCCACUGAAGCGAAACCAUUGAGAUAUUCUACAGUAAACCAAUCAACAUUCUCCUGAAUUCUAGAAUCUACUACUUAGAUACAAAGAACUUAGACACGUAGCUUCAAUUGAACUGAUGUUCCUUGUAAUUUCAGCAAUUAGAAUGCACAACAACCUUGACGGUUCUGAACCUCCUCAGAGGGUUUAAAGCACAAAGCACUGACGACAUAGUCCCUCUGUCCAUCAGAUCUCUGCUGUGAACAGAGGUGGCAGUAUGUCUCUACGGGUGGCUACCGUGGAAUGUGUAUCAACAUAUGUAUAUUGUGCAAUUGCCAAUGUUAUCCUGUAUGUAGUAUGGAUGGAUAUUCAAGACGUCCUGCAUUACCGGAAUGAAUACUAACACUGUGAUACAGUAUUUCUCUCUUUUUUUUAUUGAUCAUAUUGAUGACCACUAUAAAACCUGAUUGCAUCACUAUGAAGGAGAGAAGGUUCCCACCGUCCCUGUGUCAUAUGCCAUAUUGAUUACUUUCAAAACCUUUCCAUUCACUUUGGUUGAAUUGACUACCAGUGGGAUGGUUGAAACAUCCAUUAACAUGGUUCAGGAGAAUUGUGACAUAGCGACUAAUGUGAGAUGUUGGAUUUACCACCAACCGAAGAGGUGUGUUGGUAUUAGGAGGAUAACGGAUGGAGGGAUGAUGCAAUGGAGGCAUGUGAUGUCACUGUUGUGUUUUGUUUACGCCGCCUCUGUGUCAUUGUGCUCUGUUCUCCCUUUACUGUCACAAGAUUUGUUCCAAGUAUGUUAAAGUACUACUGUAUAUUCAGAUUAAAUGACUGUAUUCUUUCUGUGAAAGAUCUAUAUCAACAAUGAGCUUGUUACCUUACAGUAUGCCGUGGCUGUCUCUGCCCUCGUUAGUUUGUUUCUGAGAUGUACAGAGUCAAUUACUCUAGCACUGUGUCAUGUUGUAUAGGUUAACAAUCCAGUCUGACAAUAACUAUAUUGAAAAUAAGUUUCUCAAUAAAUGCAAAGUUGAUUGUUGCUGGA